CUUCAACAAAGUGGAAUCAACAUGCGAUUGAAUAGGCUGUUGACCAUUUAUAUUCAGUAGGUUACGUUCCCUACAGCUCACUGACGUCACUUGCCUUUUAUCAUGCUCCAACUUAACCUCAUUUCCCGAUUUGCUUCCAAGAGCACGAAGCAAUUUAAAAUCUCCACGUUCUCCACGUUCUCCACCAUGACCACCAGUAAGCCUGCUCCGUACGACUAUAAGAUCGAGCCCAGUGCUGACGCUCUAUUUCCUGCUGAGAAGAGUCGCUACCACCUCUAUGUUUCGUAUCCGUGUCCGUUUGCCUGUCGUGCACUUGCAGCGCGCAACUUGCUCGGCCUUGAAGACGUCAUUAGCCUCUCUGUGGCGCACCCCGUUGCUCAGAAGACAAAGCCCACUGACCCCAAUGACGAGCACAAGAGCUGGGCCUUUGUGGACCCGGCAAAGUCACCUACGAUGGUUGGUGCUAAUGGCAAGAUUUACCCGACAAAUGACUGCGUGCCAGACACGGUGAACCACGUGACGUUCGUUUGUGAUCUUUACGAGAAGGUGGAUACCGCACCGCGUACGUUCUCAGUGCCCGUGUUGUGGGACAAGAAGAAGGGCACGAUCGUAUCGGAGGAGUCCACGGGUAUUCUACGUACGUUUGACUCUGGAUUUCGUGAGCUGGUGCCGUCUGACGUCCACUUGUACCCUGAGGAGCUGCGAGCGGAGAUUGAUGCUGUGAAUGACGGGAUUGUGACUGAAGUUACUAUGAGUUUCUCCAAGAAAAUGUUCGCUCCGACGGAGACCAAGGCCUAUGAGGCUCUGGCUAAACUGGAUAAGAUGCUGGCCAAAAAGAGGUUCUUGGUGGGAAAGGGCGUGACGGAGGCCGAUGUGCAUUUGUUCCACACACUCAUCCGACUGGACACGUUCCAGCCGAAGACGGACAGGCACCUGACGUACUACCACAACAUUGAACACUAUUUGCGUGAACUAUACCAGAUCCCCGGACUGAAAAGCUCCGUGAACUGGAAACACAUCAAGCUCGUCGUGGCUAAUAUGGCCCCACCAGGGCUGUGCAGUAAUCCGGCCCACCAGUAGAAAAUAGUACUAUAGUACUAUUACUAUUACUAUAGUACUCAGUAACUCGGCCAAUUUUGAUACUAC